CCACAAAAGGCCCAAAAAAGUAAAGCCCAAUCCAGUAUACACAUAAAAAAAGAAUAGAAAAAAUCAUAAACAUAGAGUAAGGGUCAAGAAGUUUUAUUCUCAAGUUUGAAAUCCUUGAAGAAUGACUACUCUGGAUUCUCAAGUGACUAUGGUUCCGGCUGGUGAACCCUCCAGCAGCACCUGUCCUUCUUCAUCCAGCAAGAAGCCCAAGCGAUUCGAGAUCAAGAAGUGGAAUGCCGUUGCUCUAUGGGUAUGGGAUAUCAUUGUGGACAAUUGUGCUAUCUGCAGGAACCAUAUCAUGGAUCUCUGUAUUGAGUGCCAGGCCAACCAUGCUAGCGUCACUAGCGAGGAAUGCACUGUAGCUUGGGGAGCUUGUAACCAUGCUUUUCACUUCCAUUGCAUAAGCAGAUGGCUCAAGACUCGACAAGUAUGUCCCCUAGAUAAUAGCAAGUGGGAGUUUCAGAAAUAUGGUCACUAGAACUUGGAUGCGGCUGAUAUACUUCCAACUGGGGACAUUUGAUUUGAUUGUUUUCUAUCAAAUAUUUAUAGCUCUACAUUAUUGUCGUUGGAGUUUUACUAUCUUUCAAAAGUACCUUCUAAAUUUUUAUCAUAUUCGGUUCAUCACAUCAUUCAAACCUACUAAUGUGGUAAAUCCGGCCUCAUAACCCACACAAAAAAAAAAAGCAAUAUUAUGUCACCUAAUGUACUGCCUAUUUUCACAAA